AACAAGGUUGGGACCCAGCUCAGAGGGACACUGUGGCCUAAUACAGACCAGAAGCUUCCCCUUCCCUCGGAUUACAUCACCUGUGGCUUUAUUCUGUUUGCUCCAGAUGGCCCGGACGCCCCCACCAUUUCCCCCUCAGACUCUCACUACCGUCCAGGGGCCAGCCUCAGGCUCUCCUGCCAUGCAGCCUCUAACCCACCCGCACGGUACUCUUGGCUUAUCAAUGGGAGGCCCCAGCCGUCCACACAGGAGCUCUUUAUCCCCAACCUCACUGCGAAUGAUAGUGGAGCCUAUACCUGCAUCGCCUCUAACUCUGGCACUCGCCUCAAUAAGACCACAGUCCAGACUAUCACAGUCUCUGAGCCAGUGGCCCAGACCUCUCUCCAUGAUAGCAACACCACAGUCACAGGAGAUAAGGACUCUGUGGUCCUGACCUGCUCCACAAAUAAGACUGGGGUCUCUAUUGGGUGGUUCCUCAAUGGCAAGAGUCUAAAGUUCAAGGAGAGGAUGAAGCUGUCCUGGGACAACAGCACCCUCACCAUAGGCCCUGUCAGGAGGGAGGAUGCCAGGAAUUACCAGUGUGAGGUCUCCAACCCAGGCGGUUCCAGCAAAAGUGAGCCUGUCAGGAUAGCUGUGGAAGGUGAUUUAACACAACCAAGUUCUGGCCUCCCACCUGGGGCUAUUGCCGGCAUCGUGAUUGGAGUCCUGGCUGGGGUUGCUGUGAUAGCAGCCCUGGUGUACUUUCUGUUUACCAGAAAGACUGGCGGGGCAAGUGACCUGCGUGAUGUCACAGAGCACAAACCCUCAGCCUCCAACCACAGUCAGGACCACCCUGACAAUUUGUCUAACAAGAUUGAAGAAGUGGCAUAUUCUUCCCUGACCUUCAAUACCCAGAAACCAAAGAAAUCAACUUCAGCACCCCCAGCAGCCACAGAAACGGUGUAUAUGGAAGUACAAAAGAAGUAACGCCACCUGUCCUCCUCACUGUGCUCUUUCCAAGCUUCUCAUCCCCAUCACUAGCAGAUCCCUUCAUCCUCAGGAAAAGGGAAAGAAACCUCUUUCCCCACCUCACUCCCUAAGAAGGCACCUCCAGGCUGCCUGGUCACAGCCUCUCCCUUCAGUGUCAAUAGAUGAAAAGGUACAUCCGGGAUUCUUGGGAAACCCAACCUUCCUUGUCAUUACAAUUUGGCAAAGCAGACCUUGGGAAGUUGCCACAACCUCUGCCCCUCCUCCUUUCCUUGUUUUAAACUUACCAUUCAGAGCACAGUCAUUCCUUCCUGCCCCAGUCCUGUCCUAUUGGAGUCUAACUUGAAUUUGCCAUAACCCUGAGAGUCCUCUCCUAAUCCAUUGAGAUGCAUGUGCCAGAAAAGAAAAGAGAGAAGAAGUAAAAGUAAAAGCUUCUAUCUCUCCAAAGCCCGGUGUGAACCCCCCCACCCCCCGCACAGGAAAACAAAUAUGCUGAAUAGAGACGCUGAACUGGGAAAUUCUACACCUUUAUCUACUGUCAGAGUUGUCUACCAGGGCCUAAACACCUUGCUGCUUAACGAGAAGGCCACCUAAGCCAUUUGGCAAGGCUGUUUUCAGAGAACCUGCUAGAAGCAAUUAGGAAAAUUAUUCGCCAAGGUCUACAGGUGAUUCCGAGUGGAAAAUGAAAAAAAAUAUGUGUAUGUUUCAUAAUUUUAUUAUUCAAGGAAAGGCUCACAGAAGGAGGGCUUAUAGCUUCAGGGAGCAGUCAGCUCUUAAUAGAGAUAAUCAGCUGGGAAUUUGGGAAGGGAGUCAGAGAGCUACCCUUCAGAGAUUAUUUAAAUAAUUGUUUAAGAAUGCACAGUUCAGUGUAUUGGGUUUUUUCCCUGAGACAUUCUGCCAUUUUAGUUUUUGCAAUGGCUUGUUUAUGUGAAAGGGGCUAUUUCUACUUAGCUAUGUAAGCCAAUCUGACUGCUUUCAGUGAAAGAAGCCACCAAAACCCUUCAAGUCCCCUUGGCCAGGAGUUCCUCAAGGUGUUUAUGUCCGGGGCUCCAAAAAAGAAAAGCAGCAGCAGCAGUUUACCUCUUCCGUGACUAGAAAUGGGUCUAACUCAGUUUCCCAGCAUCUCAGGCCAGUCUUCAACUACUAUUGCUUUCCAUGUCUCUGCCGUGCAUGAUGUCUGCCCCACUCGCUUUCUCAGGAGACCUGGCCUCUGCUGAGGUGCGACUGGUCCUUGAGAAGUGAGGGUGCCCUGCAGGGAACACACUCAGCCCCUGUUGGCAUUGCUUACCCCCCAGAGAGCUUCCUGGUGCUGAUGCUCCUGGGGAACCAAGGCUAUGAGGGGUGUUAGGACAGGGGAGGGUGAUAACUGGGUCGGAGGCUUCUGGAAUAGCCUCCGAAAUGUUUUCUCCCAUGGGCGUCUAUGAGUCCCAGUGUGCAGAAUAGAAAGGAAGGACAGGAGAAGGACAGGCAACAUACUUCCCACCCAGCCUUCUUCUACACAGUCUCUUUGGGACUGUUGAGAAAGGUGUUUUAUUCAAUAUUGAUUACGUGAUGUCAUGCUGUGUCUAAGAGGCCCCUCAAAGAGGCAAGUUGGGAAUUCUCUGUACUCAGGUACCUCUUUCAAGGGUUUUCUAACACUGACACAAUCUGUAUAUACUUCCCCUCAUUCAUGCUAUUCUGUGUUAUUUAAUUUUGUCUGGCUAUAGCCACAUCUGAACUAUUUGUAAAAUCUGCUCUAUAUUUAUAAUAAAAAUUAUAAAGUCAACAUGAA